AUGCUAUUAUUACUUUCACUUUUAUCCAUUGCCAGCGCCUUUCCUUUUACUUUCUCCAAGGCCCAGCUGCCUUUAGAGAAUACGUUUGGUUCCUGCCCGAAAGGUCUCCCAGCUUCAUGCACCAAUUCAACGCCUAUAAAUAACGAAUGCUGUUUCGAAAGUCCCGGUGGCGUUAUGCUUCAAACACAGUUUUGGGAUUACUAUCCUCCCAUUGGUGAUAAUGACACGUUCACGUUGCACGGGUUGUGGCCAGACAAUUGCGACGGAACGUAUGAGCAGUUCUGUGACAACAGUCUUGAGCUCUCAAAAGGCGAGAUCAAGCGUAUUCUUACAAAGUUCGACGACCAGGAGUUGUUAAACAAAAUGGAGAAGGUCUGGAAGAACUUCAAUGGUGACGACGAGUCGUUGUGGAUCCACGAGUUCAACAAGCACGCCACGUGCAUUAAGACCAUAAGACCCAAAUGUUACAGCGACUACCAAACCGACGAGAACGUCUACGAUUUCUUCAAGAUUUCUGUUGGUCUCUACGAAAAGUACCCCACGUUUGAUUUUUUGGCCCAAGCAGGUAUCCACCCUUCCUUGGAUGCCACCUAUACAAAACAGCAGAUUGCAGACGCCUUGAACUCCCAAUUUAGCGACAAGACCGUCUACUUCAAGUGCAACAAGUACAACGCUCUUCAGGAGAUCUGGUACUUCCACCACCUCAAGGGCUCUCUUUUGCUGGAAGAGUUCAUCCCAAUUGAUGCACUCACCAGGUCCAGCUGCCCAGAAAAUGGUAUCAAGUUCUUGCCAAAGGCCUCCAAAGGACCCAGCGGCAGAAGGGGCUACCUUCGUUUGAGUGACCACGCAGGCUGUCUCAUAAGCAACGGUCAACACUACGAAUAUGGAACUUGUGCAACCUUCAGAAUCGUUGAUUCUCAAUUUGGAGGCAAGAACUUGUUGAGUUCCAAGGGUGUCUGCGGUUUCGACGACAAGGGCGAUUUGACCUGUAACCGUUCCAACUCCAGAUCUAAGUUCCAAUUCCAGUUCGACAAGGAGUCCAAGACUGUUGGUUUUGGUGGAAACUUCAAGUGGUGUUUCGAUACAGCAGGUAGACAUGGCCAUGGUAAGUACAUCCAGACUCCUGUGAAGUUAUCCGAUGGCGAAUGCGAAGAGUUCUCGUUGAAAUUGGCUUGA